AUGUGUCAAACCAGUUGCUCUUCAGGCUGCCAGCCAGCCUACUGUAUGUCCAGCCCUUGCCAGCCAGCCUGCUGUAUGUCCAGCCCUUGCCAGCCAGCCUGUGUGCCCUUGAGCUGCAGGCCCGCCAUAUGUGUUCCUGUGAGAUGCCAGGUGACCUGCUGUGUGCCCGUGAACUGCAGACCCACUGUGUGCAUGGCUCCCUCCUGCCAAUCCUCUUCAUCCGGGUGCUGCCAGCCCUCCUGCCCCACCCUGGUCUGCAGACCUGUCACCUGUAACACCUCUUCCUGCUGCUGA